GCUGCGCGGAGGGUUUCCGAGCCUAGAGACCGCGCCUGCGAGGAAAGGCGGGGAGCCCCGCCCGGCCCCAGGCAUGGCCCAGGAGAGGGAAAACCACGACCCCAUCGGAUCCAUCUUAAUCCAGGUCCAUGAAGAUCUUCAUCAAUUAAAGGAGAAAUUAACCCAAUUUUCACCUGAGGAAAGAGGCGAGACUCUAGACAUUCAGAAUCUUGAAACGGCAAUCAAAAGGACUGAAAUGGGGUUAAAGAUUCACAUUGAGAAGUAUUUAAAUGUUGUACACCACCACGUGUUAACGACUCCAAUUGAUGGUAACUUAGAUUCUUCUAAAGCUUCCAAAUGGUUGCUUCCAGCUGUAAUUGAUCAGAAAUCAUUUAUUUUCCCUCUGGAAUCGGGGGGUAAACUUUGGCCACCCCAACGACUGCACGGUUCAUUUCCACGUGCCUUUCCAAAAGUGAAGCGAAAGAUAGGGUUGAAUGUAAAAAUCACGCAGUCUCCUGAAAACAUCCGCCACAGAGCUGCUGUAAAUACGACCCAUGGAAUCAGUUUGCCAUAUAUUAAUCAGAGAAAAGCAAGUGUAAGUAAUGAGUUGUUUUAA